AAAUGUCAACGGAAUAUCGUUAUCGACAGAUUAGAGAAGAUAGUAACUUUGUAUGUGAUGAAGCUACCGCACAUUUUUUGCUGGUAAAAUUAGUAGAAAGAUUAAGAUAUGCUAGGGCAAAAUUUGUUCUUGAACCAAUUGAAGGUGUCAUGUCAAUUGAAUAUA